AGAGAGUGAGGCAGCAGGGGAUGAACACACACACACACGCACACACACACACACGCACACACACACCUCCUGAUUCAGCGGAACAGAUUUAUUCCUGCAGCGCCCGCCGCAAAGCUCCAAACCCGGCAGCACCUGGCCCGUCCGUCGUCCCGCCUGUUCCGUCUGCGCAGAUUAGCGGCUCCGUUACAACUCUGCGCGCGCUCGCUGGCGUCCACUGCGGCGGAGAGGCGGCGACAGGCUGAGCCCCACGGGAGGCGCGAGCGGCGCGUGUGAAUGCGAGUGAUGGGGAAAGUACGAGGCUGCGGCCGCACCGAGGACGCGCCAGUGACGACGCCGCGGGACACAUAAAGGACGCGCAAACGCUCCCCUCCGCGCUUUUUCUGCACCAGGACGCCGCGCAGGGAGAUGUUGACCAUUAUGGGAUAGAUGCACGGGACUGCCGGUUGCCAUGGAUACCAGCACGCGAAAAUUCACAGUGCGGCGAUGGUUUUCCAUCUACUUGAAGAACAAGGCGGCGAGGAACAAGAACAACACCGGCUUCUGUCAGCUGGAGGAUGACAGCAUACUGAAGGAGAUCGACAUCAGCCACCAUGUGAAGGAGGGCUGUGAAAAAGCAGACCCUUCUCAGUUCCAGCUGCUUAAGGUGCUGGGACAGGGAUCCUACGGAAAGGUGUUUCUGGUGAGAAAGAUCAGAGGAGUGGACAGAGGACAGCUGUAUGCCAUGAAGGUCCUGAAGAAAGCGACGCUGAAAGUUCGGGAUCGCGUGCGGUCCAAGAUGGAACGAGACAUUCUGGCGGAAGUCAACCACCCGUUUAUAGUGAAGCUGCAUUAUGCCUUCCAGACAGAAGGGAAGCUCUAUCUGAUCCUAGACUUCCUCCGAGGCGGAGACCUUUUCACCCGACUGUCCAAAGAGGUAAUGUUCACAGAAGAGGACGUGAAGUUUUACCUGGCAGAGCUGGCCCUGGCCUUGGACCAUCUGCACAGCCUGGGGAUUAUCUACAGGGAUCUCAAACCUGAAAACAUUCUUCUGGACGAGGAAGGGCACAUUAAGAUAACCGACUUCGGUUUGAGUAAGGAGGCCAUCGACCACGAUAAGAGAGCCUACUCCUUCUGUGGCACUAUCGAAUACAUGGCUCCCGAGGUGGUGAACCGCAGGGGGCACACGCAGAGCGCAGACUGGUGGUCCUUCGGGGUCCUGAUGUUUGAGAUGUUGACAGGAUCGCUGCCAUUCCAAGGAAAAGAUCGGAAGGAAACCAUGGCUCUCAUUCUGAAGGCCAAGCUGGGAAUGCCGCAGUUCCUCAGUCCUGAGGUGCAGAGCCUAUUACGAGCGCUGUUCAAGAGGAACCCGGCAAACCGCCUCGGUGCUGGACCAGAAGGCGUGGAGGAAAUAAAAAGGCACCGCUUCUUCGCAACCAUAGACUGGAACAAGCUGUACAGGAAGGAGAUGAGGCCUCCUUUCAAACCAACUGUUGGCAGACCUGAAGACACUUUUCAUUUUGACCCUGAGUUCACGUCCAGGACGCCGACAGAUUCUCCUGGCAUCCCUCCCAGCGCAAACACACACCAGCUGUUUCGCGGUUUCAGCUUUGUUGCAUCCAAUCAGAGUCAGGAGCCCAGCGUUGCCACGGUAGCGCCGUCACGGCAGGAGGUGAACACCAUCAACCCCAUAGCCCAUCAUCUCCGUGGCGACGUGGCCUUCGGUGACGUCUAUGAGCUGAAGGAAGAAGUCGCGCAGACUUCAACGGCCGUCUGCAGGAGAUGCCUGCACCGAAUUACUUCAGUGGAAUAUUUGGUGAAGAUUAUUGACAAAACGAGGAAAGAUCCAUCAGAGGAGAUAGAGAUACUGUUGAGAUAUGGACAGCACCCAAACAUCAUCAACUUGAAAGACGUGUUCGAUGAUGGCCAGUGCGUCUUCCUGGUUCAGGACCUGCUGCGAGGAGCGGAGCUGCUGGACAGAGCUCUGCUGCAGCCGGAUUUCACCGAGAGAGACGCAUCAGACAUCAUCUGCACGCUGACGAAGACCGUGGAGUAUUUACACUCGCAGGGGGUUGUGCAUCGGGACUUGAAGCCGAGCAACAUUCGCUAUUCGGACGACAGCGGACUUCCAGAAUCCAUCAGGAUUUGUGAUUUUGGUUUUGCCAAACAGCUGAGAGCAGAAAAUGGGCUGUUGAUGACGCCUUGUUACACGGCCACGUUCAUGGCUCCUGAGGUUCUGAAGAAACAGGGUUACGAUGCAGCUUGUGACAUCUGGAGCCUGGGGAUCCUCCUCUACACCGUGAUCGCUGGCUUCAGCCCGUUUGCCAGCACUCCAGAGGACACGCCAGAGGAAAUCCUGGCUCAAAUCGGCAGUGGGAAAUUCAUUAUCACAGGCGGGAACUGGGACCUGGUGUCCGAUGCUGCCAAGGACAUUGUGAUGAAAAUGCUCCAUGUGGAUCCUCACCAGCGUCUGACUGCUCCCCAGGUUCUGCGUCAUCCAUGGAUUGUGGACAGAGCCCAGCUCUCUGACAGAUCGCUCACCAGACAAGAUGCACUCACUGUCAAGGGGGCUCUGUCUGCCACCUACUCCGCCCUGAGGCGCAGCGUGCCGGCUCCCCUCCUGGAACCCGUCCAGUCGUCCAGCCUGGCUCAGCGCAGAGGGAUCAAGAAGCUGGAGAGUCCACAAGCCCGUUUAAGCCCCAAGGAGAAAGAGUGUCACUAAUACAGACACAUGCAGUGAAGACAGAUAAGCACAAGCCCUGUGACUGAGUGCUUGGAGGCCUGUAACCUGAAUGCAGCAGACGCAUCUCUGUGAAGAGACUAAGCCAAAUUACCUUUAGUAAUGACGCUUCUCAUGUUAGUUAACAACAUGUGAUCAAAUUCCUUAACAAUGUUGACUAUUAGGCUUUUAACUGGAUCCUCUGGGUCUCCCUCGGUUGUUCCGUGACCAUUACAGGCUUGUUUUUUGAAGCUGCCCUUCUAUUCUGGGAAUCCAGAUUUUACACCACUUCCUACAGAACCGGAAGAACUGAGGAGCUGUAGCUGCUAUUUAAAGCAAACACACCUUCACUUCCCGUCAGCCGCGCACGGGAAGGUUAGUACAGUAUCCACAGAUGCAGUCAUUUGUUGCCUGGUUUCUGUAGCUGAGCAUGAGACGAGUUCGUCUAGCCACCAAAACAAAAUCAGAAAAAAAGGGUAUUUUAGUGCCACAUACGAGAUGCCAAGUACACGGAGAGCCAAAUCUGAAGUCUUCCUCAGUCGUGACUAACAUUUGAGGCAGCAAUACUCGAAUCUCCACAGUUAUGCAUGUUACAACUGUAAAUAUCCUACCAAAGGGAAUUUACUUCUUAAGGUAAUAAUGCCACCAAAGUCUUACUGUUCAUAAUAUGCUAGAAAAUGCUAUUUUCAUCUAUUUUGUCUUCCAUAAAUACAGCCUUUAACUCAAAGACUUAUUAAAUGUGUCUCUUCUGCAAUUUUCGAGAUCAAAUGAAAUGUUCUGUGUACAUAUACUAUGUAUUUAUGAUGUUUGUUCUUUUGUAAUGUAUAUAAAAUUAUUGGCUUUAGAUUAGUUUUAAAACAAUGCACUCACUGCGAUACAUUUUGUACAAUGGAGUCAACUCUCAGUGUCAUUGAUCAUCCCGUGUUUGAGUAGCUGCCAUCCGCCUGAAAGCACUGUGGUCUGUUUCUGAUUGUAUUUAAUAAGCUGUGCAAUCACAAACACGAGGUAAAACUAAAGCGCUUGCAGAUACGAGUAGCACACAUGUAGAUCAUGACACACUAUAACCACACACAAUUACUGCUCAAAGCUAUAUGUUACCUAAAAACACUGUAGGUAGUUAUUGUUUUCAGUGACACUGGGGCUGAUGCUGACGAGGUCGGAGAAGGCGUUCACAACCUUAAGUUCAGGAGAGAAUAAAGCUGUAAAUACAGUUUCCUACUUUAGUAGAAAACUGUAUUUACAGUGAGUAAGACUGUGUAUAUAUGGUGCAGUACAACUGUCAGCAAUCAGUAAUACUGUAUAUAUUGUGUUUGAUUAUAUACUGAGAUUGUACAUAUCACCCUGUGUUGUAUCCACUGCAUCCACUGCUCAGAGUGGACAUACUGACCGUUCCUGGCCAUUCGUUGGCCUGUGUUUUACAAAUAAAGAGAGACGAAAGAUA